AUUAGUGUAGAUAUUCAUUGUAAAAUAAUUUAUUAUCUUUAAAUGUUAAUUUGUUUCUGAUUGUCAAUUGGAAAUCAGCAUCAGCAAUGAAUACAAAAAUUAAAAAAUGUUGUCCCAAUUGUAGUCAGUUUUUCAGCUUAAAAUUAUUAUCUUCAAAACAAAAUGCCGAAAACAUACCCCUAUUUUUAAAAUGCGGGCAUUCUAUGUGCGAAAAUUGUAUUACAAAUUUGGUCAAGUUUGAAGAACCAAUAGAAUGCAAAAUUUGUCACGAAGAUAUGGAAAUACAAGCAAACGAUGCCAAGUUAAUGGUUACAAAUAAGUUAAGAUUACGCCAGUUAUUUCCAGUCAACAUAUAUAUGCUUGGAGAGUUAUCACUAGAGCUUUUAGAGACAAAAGAUGAAGUAUACAAUAAUAAUGAUGAUGACUGUUUUCUUAAUUUGACAGCUAUUAUUCAGGCAACAGAAACAUGUCAAGGUCAAUGCUUGGAAUGUACUAAACCAACAACUAGAAUGUGUAAACAGUGCGCUACAGUACUUUGUGAAGUUUGUUUUAACAAAAGUCACAAGAAUUUUGUUAUAUUCAGAAAUCACGUUCUUCAAAAUAUAGAACCAGAAUUAUCACUGAACAAUUGUAAGGUUCAUACAGAAAAGACAUUGGACUACUAUUGCAAGGACUGUUCUAAACCAAUCUGUAUGGAUUGUUUGGUAAUUGGUGGUGAAAAAUCAUGCAAAAAUCAUAACUUGGUAUCCACACAAGAAGUUAAUGAAAAGCUUUUAGAAGAUUUAGCUGAAAUCUGCCCUAAGGUAGAUGAAACAUACCGAAGAUUAACUAAAACUGCAGUUGAUAUAGGCCAUGUUCUAUAUAACAUUGGAAAUGAUACUGGAUCUUCUGAACUGUCGCAAAUAGAAAAAGAGGUUGAACAAAGUUUCUCCAAGCUUUCAUUUAUAAUACAAGCGUUAAAAGAUGAAGCAGUCAAUAAAAUUGUUCAGCUCAAAACUGCUGAAAAAGAAUCACUGGAAAAUGCUAAAAAAUCUCUUGCUGAAUCAAUUAAGAGUGCAAAAUGUGUUUUAAAUUCUGUGAAGAAAUCUUUAAAUGUGGAAAAAAUUAAGCAGGCAAACAUGUCAUUACUGCUUGAAGAUGCUAAAAAGGUUGUCAACAGUCCUUGGUAUUUAAGCCAGAAUAAAGCUGAAAUAAAUGUUGUUGUCAAUGAAGAGGUAUGCGACCUACUUGGCAACUUUAUCCAUUUGGAUGGUGAAACUGAUGGUACAUUCAAACUCCUCACAACUGAUGAAAUAGAUCCAAAUGUUGAAAUACCUCCACCACCAGUAGCACCUGUAUUUCCACCGGAGCUGCCCAAAGAUGUUAGAGUGAAAAAAAAUCAGAAUAAACCUAAUAUUGAAAAGAAUAAUUCUAAGUCUCAGACAUUGUAUACAAAAGCUCCAACAUACCACAGCAAGAGUGCUUCCAUAUCUUCGUUGAAUUCACUCAAUAGUGAUUCCUCGUACAAAAGUUCAAGCAAUAAUAAAGAUGAUGGACUAUAUAAACCUGUACAUCAAGUGUCGCCAUAUCAAGAGAAUCAGCAACCAAAGCCAUUGUGUGCAGGUAGUCAAGAGCUAGUGUAUAUAUCACACAUCGUGACGCCGCAUAAUUUUUACGUCCAAAGAGUAAUUCAUAUGUCAAUGCUCGAAGAGUUGAUUAAAGAGUUCCGUAACGCCAUCUCCUUGCCUAAACCUUCGGUAAACAGUAUUGCAGAAGGGAAGUCAUACUUAGUUUUCAAUAAAAUGGACAAUCUGUGGCAGCGUUGCCGAGUCAACAGCAUCGAUAAGAAGGACUCCAACAAGCACUUGUACCAUGUCUUCUGCUUUGACUUUGGAAGUACUGAAGUUGUCACCAUAGAUAAAUUGCGACUGUUGCCGCCUGCACGUGCGCAGACUCCGUUUCCGUUCGCGAUCAAUUGUUCGCUGGUGAACUGCGCGCCGCUCGCCGGCGCCUGGAGCAGCGACGACGCUCUACUCAUACAGAACAUUACUGAUAACAAGCAGACAGUGCUGCACAUCCACCGCGUGCGGUCGACAGCGAACAGCCUGAGCCUGGAGUGUGACGUCACCACGUACGAGGCCGGCGUCAGUCUGGCGCACGCGCUCGUCUUCCAGGGCAGGGCGCGUCUCUGCAACCCCAAGAUGCCGUACCCAAAAAAUAUAAACGCUGGUCAGAAACCGAAGCUGUUUAUAAACAACAAUGAUUUUAAGCUAAAAACAGUGGAAGAAGUCUACAUAACAAGUAUAACGAGCCCGGAUCACUUUUACGUGAGAAAGUUACAUCUCCAGAGUGUAUAUGAAAAACUAUGUGAAGAUCUAGAUCAGAAUUACAAUCUAAAUGUCAAAAAGGGCAGUAUCUAUCUACCUGAAAAAGAUAUGGUAUGCGUGGUUAACUUAGAGAAGUAUGACGUACCGGAUGCGAACACGAGUGACGUGCGCGUGACGUGGGCGCGCGCUAUCGUGACGGAGCUGCCUGGGCGUGGACGUGUCCGACUCGCGUUGCCCGACUGUGGAGCCACAUUGGUCGCGCACUGGAGCGCGCUGCGACGUAUUGAGGCCAAAUUCACUACGCUACGGGCACUGGCGACAGAGUGCCACUUGGCGGGCGUAACUCCGCUGAACAAGAAGUGGAGCCCUAACUCUGUGGCUCUGCUGCACACUUUCCGCGGCCGCCCUCUCGACCUGCACGUCGACGACAACCGCAAUCUCUGUCUCGGUGUCACACUCUAUGAUAAGACCGAGCCGGAAGAAGUCGUUUGUGUUAACACCGAAAUGGUCAAGUACAAGUUUGCUGUCACCAUCGGUACAUUCAUGUUCAAUAAAGAAAAUAUAUUACAAGACUGUGUUGUCACAAACAAAUUGCCAGUUGAUCAUGAGAAAUCCCCACAGACAUCGAAGAAUAAAACGAAUAAAAUAAAAGUUUUAAAGAAGACGGAAGAGUUGCCCAAAUGUACAGUGAAGAAGGAACAACUGGAGGCGAAAGAUAAAGGUCCACUUAGACUGGAGGCAAAAGUGCUGUAUUAUCAGUCGCCUUCGUUAAUUUACUUGUCACUUGUUCAUCAACAGAAGACGUUUAACACUUUAUUUGAGAACAUACAAAAACAUUAUUCAAAGAAGAAGACUCAAGGCAAGAACAACUGGAAAGUGGGAGACAAGUGCUGCACAGUGUGCCGACAGUCGCAGACAUGGCGGCGCGCUACCAUACUAGACUUGCAAGGCGAAGACGCCAAGGUGUUCUACUCGGACUUCGCCUGCGUCGAAACCGUCCCCGUUGCCACUUUGAGGGAACUAACUCAGGAAUUCGCCGCAAUCGGCUACGCUGCUAUGAAGUGCCAUCUCUCUGGUGUCGCGUCCGCAGACGGAGAGGACUGGCCCUCUCUCACCAAGGAGUACUUAAAGGAAUUACUUGAUGCAUACAAAAGAGUGUUCAUUACGAAAAUGGGAAACUUUAAAGACAUGAGUAUGCCGAUCGAGAUGUGGGUGUACCACACGAUACAGGGCAGCGCGCUCGAGCCCAACACCUCGGAGUGGCGAUGUCUCAAUAAGAAAAUCAUUGAACAAGGAUUGGCAAUACCAGAUAAAUCUCAACAGGAGGAAACACCUAACGAUAAUGCAGAUAAAUCAGACGACAACAUGCUGUCGUUCCUUAACGUUAAAGGAUCCAUUGAAGAAUGGUUACAACUGGAACCGAUGCCCACGAAACCUCUCGUUGUCCAAUCAGGAUCUGAUCGUUCUAACUCAUCGACACCUGAAUGCGAAAUAAACUUUAGUGAUGACAAAGCAAAGAAAGCUAAUACUGUGUUCAUAUCAGAUUGGAUGCCGCCGGAAUCACCGCAAAACAAAGAAUUCGUCGGUGUGCCAACGUAUGUAGACAACGAUGGCAUCAUAUAUCUCCAUGAAGUAUCACAACAAGAAACAUUAGAAAUGAUUCAAAAAGCUUUAGAUGUUCGCUUCAAAAACCCUGAUCCUAAAGCAAAAUACGCGUCAUGGUCAGUCGGUGAGCCUUGCAUCGCUAUGUACUACUUGGACGACAAAUUUUACAGAGGACGUAUCUUAGAAGUUAACAAAGAAGCUUCUACAUGUUUGGUGCAUUACAUCGAUUAUGGAAACGAUGAAACAUGUAAUUUCUCCAAUCUAAGAAAAAGUAUCGCUCUUUAUCAAUUACCCACACAAGCGAUUAAAUGUAUACUAAACCGCAUCGAACCCGCAGACAAAUUCUGGGAUAGACAAACAUUAGAUUACAUGCACAAAUCGAUCGUGGAAAAGAAAUGCUAUAUUAAAAUAACAGGAAAUCCAAUCGAUGGGAUUUAUCCAAUUGAAUUAACGUACAAUAAAUUAUUGUUUAACGAUCAUUUGGUCGAGUUUGAAAUGGCAAAGUAUAGCGAUGGCUCGAAAGCGGUUAUAAGGAGAUUUGCACCAGUCGACAACCAACAGAUCGAACUCGACGAGUCCGCCACUAUUGAAACAGAUUCUGCACCUGAUUAUAUUAUUGAAGAAGAUGAUAUUGAAUCCGCCAACGACUCAUAUUGUAUGGAAUCUUUGCAGGGUAAAGAUUGGAAUCUGUUAAUACAGGAAGAGAAAGAAAAACAGAUGCUCUCGGGAAAAUUUUUAACCUUUAAAAAGAACACGAUUGAUGAUUUCAUUUGUAAUAUCACAGUGAUAAAUGAUUUUAAGUGUUUCGAACUGUUUAUAUUGCACGAUGAAGCAAUAAUUAAAGAAUACGAGGAAAUGUUUGAAAAGCUGCAAGAAUAUGCAAACGAUAUGCCACCAUUGAAUGGAAUAUAUGAGAAUAAAGCUUGCGUUGCUAUUUUCAACGAAGACGGCCAGUGGUACAGAGCCACCAUUCUCCAAUACAGCAACGAUACUAAUCAAAUUAAAGUCAAAUAUGUUGACUACGGUAAUAUAGAACUCGUAACGUUGGCUGAAGUCAGGGAGAUCAACAAGGAAUUUAUCAAUUUGCCUCCACUAACGAUCACUGCUACUUUGCACGACGUGCAAGUAAAUCCAGCAAUCGAAACUAGCGUUAUUGCGGAAGAAUACAAAAAUACCUUCUUAGAUAAAGGACCAUUCCAUGUUAAAGUUAUUAAUAAUGAAAACGAUAUUCCUUCGGUGGAAUUGAGAAAUGAAAAAUCUGAAUUAGUUUAUAAGGACCUUAUUGAAAAUAAUACUUUCUUACGUUCCAUUAACGAGUAGUUCGCUGACCCGCCUAAGUUUGAUUUGAGUACACUAUCCUAUUAUCACUAUGAAAGAAUUUAAUUUCGUUUUUGUUAUGUUUAAGGCUGAU